GCUAUUGAAAACAACGAAUAUUAAUAGUGACAUUGGAAGCGAUGGAGGUGCUAUUUUAUAGUUUAACCUUCAUUGCCUUUGUGUUUGUCUCAGGCGUUAACACAGAUUCAUUUGCAAGCAGUUCUGCUGAAUCGAAGGCUUCAGCUGACUCCAAACCUUACAGCUCAGCGGACGCCUCAAGCAGUGCUACUAGUUCAAGUUACACCGGUAACGAUAGCAACUACAAGCCAUCAGAGCCAGAAUGCAAGAAGAACGAAAAGGAAAUAUCGUGUAUUAACAGCGUAUGCGAAUACAGAAACUGCUCUGAUAUUGGAAAACCAAUAAAAUGCGUCAGACUGGAUCCAAGGAAAUGUAUUAGAGGAUGUAUUUGUGAGAAUGAAUAUCUGCGAGACGACAGUACAGGAUUAUGCAUUCCAAAAGAUCAGUGUCCAACGGAAAAAUGUGGUGUUAAUGAAAUAUAUGACAUAUGUCCCCCGACCUGCCCCCCACAAAGAUGUGAUGUUGAUGAACGGUUGAUUCGAUGCGCAAAAAACCCAGAACCGGGCAACCCAGCUUGCAAGCCCGGAUGCAGAUGCAUCGAUGACUAUAAAAGGAAUGCAUCCGGCGUUUGCAUCCCAAAAAACGAAUGUUUUACUUGCACUGGUCAAAACGAGGUUGUCGGAUGUCAAACAUUGCUCCCUGAGACGUGUGAAAGUAUUGGUAAAAACUACACCGCUAUUGAGCCAGCAGUAUGCACACCUGCGUGUCGUUGCAAGCCUGGCUUCUAUCGAAACAAAAUAAGAGAUUGCAUAUCCAAGGAACAAUGCCUGAAGUGUACCGGACCAAACGAAUACUUCUCAUGCGGAUCCGCUUGUGACAACGUCUGCACAACACUGGACACGCAGAACCAAACAAACUGUCCGAUCAAAAAUAUUGUCUGCAACCAGAAGUGCUAUUGUGAUGAAAAUUACGCUCGUGACAGUAAUAAUACUUGCAUACCCAUAAAAGAUUGUCCAAUUAACAAAUGUGGGCUUAACGAAAUAUAUGACACUUGUCUUCCAAUAUGUCCUCCGCCAAGAUGUGAUGUUGAUGAAAAGACAAUCCAGUGCCUACGGAACCCAGAACCAGGAGACCCAGCUUGCAAGUCCGGAUGCCGAUGCAUCGACAACUAUAAAAAGAAUGAAUUUGGCGUUUGCAUUCCAAAAGAAGAAUGUCCCAUUAUUCCGGCUGAGAACUGUGGGCCUGAUGAAGAAUACGUCGAUUGUGCUAAUGGAGGCUGUGGCAGAUGGGAAUGUUCACAACAAGGUCAAAUUUGUAUUGAAUUAGCAGAAGGUGAUUGUGUUGGAGGAUGUCGCUGCAAGGAACCUUUACUGCGUGCGGAAGACGGAUCAUGCAUUCCAGCUGAUCAGUGUCCUCCAACGACUCCGUCUGUCAUCUGCAGAGAUGAUGAAGAUUACUUGGAAUGUGCAAAUGGAGGCUGUGGCAGGUGGGAGUGUGCGCAACAACGUCCGAUUUGUAUCGACUUAGUAGAGGAUGGUUGUGUUGGAGGAUGUCGCUGCAAGGCACCUUUACUGCGUGCGGAAGACGGAUCAUGCGUGCCUGCUGAUCAAUGUCCUCUUAUUUGUAGUGGUCAAAAUGAAGUGGUCGGUUGUCGGACUGCCUGUCCUGAAACAUGUGAAAGUAUUGGUAAAAACUGUACCAUUAUUGAAGCAGCUGUGUGUAUACCCGACUGUCGUUGCAAGCCUGGCUUUUAUAGAAACAAUAACGGACAUUGUAUAUCAGAGAAACAAUGCUCUAAUGAAUGCGGUGUUAACGAAAUAUAUGACAUUUGUCCUGCAACUUGCCCUCCACCGAGAUGCGAUAUCGAUGAAAAGACAAUUCUUUGCUUACCCAACCCAAAACCAGGGGAUUCAACCUGCGCGCCCGGGUGUCGAUGUAUUGACAAUUAUAAAAAGAACGAAUCCGGCAUUUGCAUUCCAAAAGAGGAAUGUCCAACGACUCCGUCUGUCAUCUGCAGAGAUGAUGAAGAAUACUUGGAAUGUGCAAAUGGAGGCUGUGGCAGGUGGGAGUGUGCGCAACAAGGUCUGAUUUGUAUCGACUUAUUAGAGGGUGGUUGUGUAGGAGGAUGUCGCUGCAAGGCACCUUUACUGCGUGCGGAAGACGGAUCAUGCGUGCCUGCUGAUCAAUGUCCUCUUAUUUGUAGUGGUCAAAAUGAAGUGGUCGGUUGUCGGACUGCCUGUCCUGAAACAUGUGAAAGUAUUGGUAAAAACUGUACCAUUAUUGAAGCAGCUGUGUGUAUACCCGACUGUCGUUGCAAGCCUGGCUUUUAUAGAAACAAUAACGGACAUUGUGUAUCAGAGAAACAAUGCUCCAAAGAAUGUGGUGUAGACGAAAUAUAUGAUAUUUGUCCCCCAACCUGCCCCCCACAAAGAUGUGAUGUUGAUGAACGGGUGAUUCGAUGCGCCAAAAACCCAGAACCGGGCAACCCUGCUUGCAAACCCGGAUGCAGAUGCAUCGACAACUAUAAAAAGAACGCAUUCGGCGUUUGCAUCCCAAAAGAAGAAUGCCCUGGCGUUGUAAGCUGUGGACCAAAUGAGAUCAUCUCAAGCUGCGUAAACGGUGGUUGUGGAAGAUGGAAUUGUUCUCAGACAGGUGAAAUUUGUAUAAAACUACCUGAGGAUGGUUGUCGAGAAGGCUGCCACUGUAUUGACACUUAUUUACGAGCUGACAAUGGAACUUGUAUUCCAGCGGAUCAAUGCCCACCCACAACUCAGCCUGUCAUCUGCAGAGACGAUGAAUACUACUUAGAGUGUUCUAAUGGAGACUGUGGCAGAUGUGCGCAAGAAGGUCAACUUUGUAUCGACUUAAUAGAAGGUGGUUGCAUUCCUGGAUGUCGCUGUAAAGAACCCUUACUGCGUGCGGAAGAUGGAUCAUGCGUUCCUGCUGGUCAGUAUCCUCCUAUUUGUACUGGUCAAAAUGAAGUUGUCGGGUGUCGUACUGCUUGUUCUGAAACAUGCAAUAGUAUUGGUAAAAACUGUACUAUUAUUGAACCAACAGUGUGUAUACCUGCUUGCCGUUGCAGUCCUGGCUUCUAUAGAAACGCAGACUACAUUUGCGUACCAGAGGACGAAUGCCCAACAAAGUCCACCGUCUGUCGGUCUGAUGAAGAAUACUCAGGUUGUGCCAAUGGAGGUUGUGGAAGAUGGAAAUGUUCCCAGCCAGGUCAGAUUUGUAUCGACUUAAUAGAAGGUGGUUGCAUUCCUGGAUGUCGCUGUAAAAAACCCUUACUGCGCGCGGAAAAUGGAUCCUGCAUUCCUGCUGAUCAAUGCCCUCCUGUUUGCUUUGGUCAAAACGAAGUCGUCGGAUGUGAAACUGCCUGUCCUGACUCGUGCGAAAGUAUAGAUAAAAACUGCACUAUCAUAGAACCAGCAGUUUGUCAACCUUCGUGUCGUUGCAAGAAUGGCUACUAUAGAAACAAAAAUGGCGUUUGUAUAUCCAAGAAACACUGCUUGCAGUGUUCCGGUCCGAAUGAAUCAUAUUCCUGUGGACCUGGUUGCGACAACGUCUGUGCUACGUUAAGCAAAGAAAACCAAACGAACUGUCCUAUCAUCAAUAAUAAUUAUUUCUUUUGCAAUCCGAUGUGCUAUUGCGAUGAAAACUACGCGCGUGAUAAAUACAACAUUUGCAUACACAUAGAAGAAUGCCCCACUAACGAAAAUGGAAUUAAGAAACUUACAGAUGGAAACAUCGUUUUUACUGAAAAUUUCCUCCGAGUGGCUAGCAAAAUGAAUACAGGAGUCAGCGCAGUAUACUCGCCAUUCAGUUUAUUGUUCUUGUUAGCACCAUUAGGUCUUUAUACUAAGGGGGACUCGGAACAGCAAAUUUUAAAAGCACUGAAUUUGCAAAGCAAGAGUUUGAUCCGUUCUACAAUACCCCUUUAUUUGGAUGAGCUUAAUUCUCAAAAAAACGUUACACUCGAUCUCGCUGCACGAGUUUACGUAAAUAUUCAAUACAAAUUAAGCAAAGCAUUUGAACAGGAUACUAAGAAUCUCUUCAAAGCUGAAGCACAAAACUUGGACUUUAGCAAAUCGGAACAAGCAGCAAAACUUAUUAAUGACUGGGUUGAAUUUAUUACAAAUAAUUUGAUCCAAAACCUCGUAUCACCCGACACCCUCAGCGUUAACACGCGUUUGGUUCUGGUGAAUGCUAUUUAUUUCAAGGGAGACUGGCUUUAUUCAUUUAAAGAAGAAAAUUCAGAAAAACAAAUUUUCUAUGUAAAUGAGAAUAAAAAUGUAACGGUGAAUAUGAUGAAUCAAAUAGGAUCAUUUAAAUAUGCUGAAAUAGAGAAUCCUAACAUUCAGGUUCUAGAAUUGCCAUAUGUAAAUAGGAAUUUGACAUUUGUAGUUUGUUUACCAAAAUCCAAAGAUGGUAUAGAGGAAUUCAUUGAUACACUCGGAAACCCGUCAUUUUCAGUACUAGAAACAGCGAUUAAGAGCUUAAAGUAUAGAACGGUAGAUGUUUCUAUACCCUCAAUGGACGUAACUACCACUACAGAUUUAGGAUAUGUUUUGCGCCAGUUAAACGUGACAGCAAUAUUUGAGCCGGAAAACGCUAAUUUUAGUGGAAUAUUGGAAAAAUUCCAACAGAUUUUUGUAUCAUCCGCUACUCAGAAAUCUACAAUCAUUGUGACUGAAACUGGUACAAAAGCAGCUGCAGCAAAUGCGAUUAUAGUUGGUGUUACAUCUGUAUUACAGCCAGCAGAAGUUACUAAAUUUUUAGCAGAUCAUCCAUUUGCCUAUUUCAUUUUAUACAAUGGAACACCAAUAUUCUGUGGAAUAUACAGAGGGCCUGAAUAAAAAAAACAAAAACACCUAACUGGUGUCUUCACUUUAAAUUGUCAUAAUUCAAUCAAAAUAUGUACAAU